AAUCAGUUGUCAAAUCGGCACUAUUUACGUCAGCCACGUUGGAAGUGCCAACUUGGUGUUUUUAUGUAAAGUUGGUGCGUCAAGAUGAAGUUGAAGGAACUGAAGAGGACGGUGAACGUGAGCUGGUCGCCAGCGGAGCAUUAUCCGACAAUGCUAGCGGCCGGCUCGGCGGCCCAGCAAGUCGAUGCAUCAUUCAGUUCAAACUCCUAUUUGGAACUAUAUUCCUUGAAUUUAGAAGAUCCGGGCCUAGAUUUAGAACUGAAGGCGUCUAUACAAACCCAACACAAAUUUCAGAAAAUAGUUUGGUCGGGUGCAGGGACCAUUGUUGGAGGAUGUGAUGGGGGUCUGUUAGAGUUUUAUAAUGCUGAUAAAGUUCUUAAUAACUCACCAGAUGCACUUGUUGGAAGUAGUACAAAACACAAUGGCCACGUCUCAGCAUUAGAUAUAAACCCAUACCAAAAGAACUUGUUAGCAUCUGGUGCUUCGGAUAGUGAGAUAUUCAUAUGGGAUCUCAACAACACGAGCCAACCUAUGGCUCCAGGAAACAGGAGUCAGCCGUACGAUCAUGUGCAAGGGCUGGCGUGGAAUCAACAGGUGCAACAUAUUCUUGGAUCUACAUUUGCAACAAGAUGCCUAGUUUGGGACCUGAGAAAAAAUGAACCUAUAAUGAAAUUAAGUGACUCGCAGUCGCGCACGCGGUGGCGCAGCGUGUGCUGGCACCCGUCCGUGGCCACGCAGCUCUGCCUCGCGUCCGAGGACGAUCAGGUGCCUGUGCUACAGAUAUGGGACCUACGGCUGGCGGCGUCGCCCCUGGUGACGCUGGAGGGGCACAGCAAGGGCGUGCUGAGCGCGGCGUGGAGCGCGCACGACGCGGGCCUGCUGCUCAGCGCCGCCAAGGACGGCCGCCUGCUGUGCUGGGACCCCACCAAUACCAAACCCGGCGGAGAGCUGGUGAUGGAAGUGAGCCAGCAGGGCCAGUGGGUGUUCGACGUGUCGUGGUCGCCGCGCGUGGCCGGCCUGCUGGCCGCCGCCUCGUUCGACCAGAGCGUCGUGCUGCACACGCUGCUGGGCGGCUCGCGCCCCGACUGUCAAAGCGCAGUGGCGCAGAGCAACAUAAUGGAGUCGUUCGGCGGCGCCGACUCGUUCCUGGCGCUGCCGGCCGUGAGCCGCGCGCCCCCCGCCGCGCUUCCUAAAAUACAUUACACGCCUAAAUGGCUGCGCCGCCCGGCCGCCGCGCGCUUUGCGUUCGGAGGUAAAUUAGUAACUUUCGGGAAGUGUCCUCAAGAAGAGGGCGCAAAGAAUGUAGUGCAAAUUAGUCAGGUAGUGAGUGAGCCAGAGUUAGUAGAGAAAUCAGUGGAGUUGGACCAAGUGCUCGCUCUCACACUCAGCCGGGAGCCGCAGGCAGCCGAGAGGCUGGCUGAAUAUUGCCGCGAGCGUGGAGACGCGGCAAUGGACCAGGACGAGCGCUACACGUGGUUCUUCCUGCGCGCCAAUUUCCUGCCCACAUUCCGCACUGAAGUAUUGAAUUUGCUCGGUUAUAAGCAAGACGAAAUCCCAUCUAAGUUUAAAGCUCAGAACGUUGGUGACACCCAAACGGACACAGCGUUUCUAAGUCGAGGCGAGUCUACUGAGACGGAAGCGGAGUUGUCCACAGACACCAGUACGGACUUGUCCGACGCGCACACGUUGAUUGAAAGGAAGCUGGCCAAUCUGGACUUGGAGAUUGAACCGACCGUUGAGAACAUCAACCUGCCCUCCGGAGAUGACUCAACAAGUUUGAUAUGCCGGGCGCUGGUGUGCGGCAACCUGGAGGAGGCGGUGGAGCUGUGUCUGGACGCCAAGAGAGUGGCUGAUGCUUUCAUUAUCGCCUCUUUAGGCAGCCCGCAGCUGGCGCAGAAGGUGCAGCGCUACCACCUGCAGCAGACGGCGCGCGACCCGGUGUCGCUGCUGAGCGCGUGCGUGGCGCGCGGCGCGUGGGGCGCGCUGGUGCGCGGCGCCGCGCCGCCCGCCUGGCGCGCCGCGCUGGCCGCGCUCGCCGCGCACUGCGACGCCGCCGCGCUGCCGCACUACUGCGAACUCCUCGGCAACAAACUAUCCGAAGAAACUGACCCAGCCCUAAAGAAAGCGGCUCAACUGUGCUACGUGGUAUCGGCGGCGGGCGACGCGCUCGCUUCGCGUCUGCUGCGCGAGCGAAGCGAGGACGGCGCGAAGUGGGACAGCGACGUGGGCGCGUUGACGCAGCGGGCCCAGCUGGCGUUACUGUUGCAGACCGCCGCUGAGACUAGGGGCAGGCCGGUGCAGGAAGGAGGCAGCCUGACGAGGCUGCUGUCGGAGUACGCGGGGCGGCUGGCGGCGCAGGGCUGCCUGCGGGGCGCGCUGGCCGCGCUGCGCGGCGCGCCCUGCGCCCUGGCCGACCGCCUCGCCGCCGCGCUCCGCCUGCAGGCGCAGUUCCAACAACAACAACAACAACAACAACAAACACAUCAACAGCCCCAACAACAGCAGUACGGUCUACGAACACGAACAACAAGCGAACAGUCUCAGAAGCGACAACCGAUCAACAACUACAUCAACAACCCUCCGCAGGCGGGAGUGAACCAAUGGCCGGAAGCCAACCAGCCGCGAAGCGUUCCCGCGCCGCAGCCGCCGCAGCCGGCGCUGCAGCACUCCAGGCCCGGCAGCGUGGGGCCGCAGCCUGGUGGUAUAACAUCGCGGUCGAAAUAUAAAGUGGAUCCAUCAGUGCAAUCAGCGCCACUGUACAAUCAAUACGGAUUCAACAAUCCAAUCACUUCGCAACCAUCCUACGGCUACAACAGUCCUCUUCCCGACCAAUACAGCUCGGCCAGCGUGCCAUCAGCCAACUUCACACCAAUCAAUCAACCAAACAACCCAAUGAAUCCCAAUACAAUCAAUGCAAAUAUGAAUCCAAUCAAUCCGCUUAAUCCAAUCAAUCCAAACAUGAAUACAAUCAACCCGCUUAAUCCAAUCAAUCCAAACAUGAAUCAAGUGAAUCAAAAUAUGAACCCAAUGAACUCGCUUAUGAAUCCAAACCAAUCUGGCCAGAUGAAUGGUAAUUAUUACGGGCAGGGAGUCGAAGCGACAGUCCCUGAGCCGAGCAACCCCGUGGCACCAGGUUGGAACGACCCACCUGCUCUAACCUCUAAACCCAAGCAGAGUGCGUACUCAGACGUAAUGUCAGCCUCUCACGCGGGCACGCGACACUGGGGUCACGUUAUGUCGCACAACCGUUCCGAGCCCAAACCAGAAGUUCAGCAACAGGCACCAAUAACGCAUCCGCUGUUCGGCGUGGAGCCGGCGCAGCAUAUCCCACUUAAUCCUACAUUCCCGGGCCAACAACAGCAGUACCCUGGACAGCAGCAGUUCCCUGGGCAACAACAAUUCCCUGGGCAACAGCAGUUCCCUGGGCAACAACAAUUCCCUGGGCAACAGCAGUUCCCUGGACAGCAGCAAUUCCAAUCGGCUCAAAUGCCGGCGCCUUACGGACAAAUGUAUCAAGAGCAAUAUCCCGGGCAGGCUUCUGAUCAAUAUCAAGGGCAGUACCAGCAAGCGUAUCAACAGGAGGAGAGUCCCGCGGCGCCGGCGCAGAAGGGCCCGAUCCCGGAGCAGCACGUUAUCCUUCAGACCGUGUUCGACCAGCUCCGGAGCGACUGCUUGAACAACACCACCAACGCGAUGACGAAGCGAAAAUUACAAGACAUUCAGAAAAAGUUGGAGAACCUCUACGAUCUGUUGCGAGAAAAUAAGCUCGCAGAGAGCUCUUUGUCGUCCCUGCACUCUUGCGUCCAAUACAUACAGAGCGGCAACUACCCCAUGGCCCAGCACGUGGUCACAACACUAGCCGGCGACGUCGACUUCGCUCUCGUAGCUACGUUCCUGCCCGCACUGAAAAUGCUUAUAACAUUCGCGACGGACACCCGAUAGUCGAAGCGGGUCAAAAUCGAGAAAUUGGAUUUUUUUUAAAUGAUCUUUGACUUGCCAUUUUUGACGGGCUGAUUCUUAGCUGGAAAUGUCGAGGUUCUUUUUUAAAUAAUGGAUUUAAUAUGUCAAUUUUGCGUUAUGGAUGAUUGUGUAGGUAAUUAAAUUGUUUUGGUUCAAAUUAUUUUCAGUGCUGCUAGCUUAGAAGCGAUGACGAAUAAAUAUUUUUAUUUGCGUUCUUUCAUACAAGACAUUCAUCAUAUCUUUCAUACAUACAAGACACAUAAGAUGUUGUAUAAAAUAUAGAUAAAGAAUGUUGCUUUAAAAUAGUUUAAAUACAGUGACGUUAUUUUAUAAAUAUAUAAAUAUGUUAUAUUUUCCUCUUGCAUCGUUAUAUUCCAGUGCUCUUUUUAUAUAAAUGCAUAUUUUAAUAUAAAUUCAUUAACUUAAUUUCGGCUAUGUUGUAUAUUCACCGUUUAUUAUUAUUAAUUAAAAUAAAUUUUUAGUAAAUUUAAUUACAUUGUUAUAUUAUAAAAUAUUAUCCUACUUGUAUGACUGUAAACGAGUGUAUGGCUAAUAUAUACUUAAGUAAUUAUAUUUAAUAUAUUAACUAAUGAAAUAUAUUUU